GUUAUUCAUAGUUCCUCAAACAACUUUUGCCUUGUCUAUGACAGCGUCAAAAAAAGCAAAUGGCAAAUUUGAAGUUGCAAAUGCGCACUGUGUUGUGACGAUCAUUAUCAUUUUUUGUAAUAAUCUAUUCAUCUAAUUCAGUGCAUCUUUAAUUUUAAUUUAAUACAUUCCCAACAUGUCUGGUCGUGAAGGUGGUAAGAAGAAGCCGCUGAAGGCUCCUAAAAAGGAGUCCAAGGAGCUGGACGAGGAUGACCUGGCCCACAAGGCCAAGCUCAAGGAACAGCAGAAGGCUCUGGCGGAUGCGAAAGCAAAGGCAACACAAAAAGGUCCCCUCGCACAAGGUGGAAUAAAGAAAUCUGGCAAAAAGUGACACAACUCUAUGAUGAUCUACUGUUUAAGUUAUAGGCUGUAAUAAAUUCUUUUGUAAGAACUAUUAAAGAUCUUCCGUAUAUCAUCGAUUAAAAAUGUAUGCAUUUUAAACCUUUUGCUACAUUAUUCUGGACGUAAUGUACGGGCUACACUAUUUUUCUUUUUGUGUAUCUUGUCUGGCAGUAUAGUGUUUUCAUUUUCACACAUUGACAUUUACUUACUUAAAAGUAUUUUUUCUUGUGUAUACACAAUAGGCAGUUUACAUUGCAAAAAAAACAUUUUUUAUAAUUAAAAAUGAACAUUGCUCCAAAAUGGUUGAAAAUGGUAAUUUCCUCAUGUUACAUUUGCAUUUAAAACGUAAUAAACUUGUGAAUACCGA